UUCGGCGCCUGGCGCGGGGGUCUCUGCCGGCCCGAGGCAGGCCAGCCCCCACCCGCGGCCGGAGCGCCAGGCGGACAGGCGGAUGGCCAGGAGAGAGGAUGCACGAUUAAGGCGCUUGCUCAGCAGACAGAGGCCGGCCUGUGCAGGGCCUCCCAACCCGCACCAGCGUCCUUCGGAAAGGCUUCAGGGAGCAGCUAGACAUGGCUUGGGUCAUUCUGCUGCUGCUGCUGCUGGGGGCGCUGGCUGCCCUGGGGCAGGGCUCAGCUGUCCUGGGCACCCUAGACCUGCAGAUCGAUGAGGAGCAGCCGGCUGGCACCAUCAUUGGGGACAUCAGUGCAGGCCUGCCCCCUGGCACCACGACUUACAUGUACUUCAUCUCUGCCCAGGAGGGCAGCGGUGUGGCUACAGACCUAGAAAUUGAUGAGAAUACUGGCAUCGUCAAGGCUGCCAGGGUGCUGGACCACGAGAGCCGAGACCACUACAGCUUCAUUGCUGUCACCCCUGAAGGUGCCACGGUGGAGGUCAACGUCCAGGUCAACGACAUCAAUGACCACGCGCCCACCUUCCCCAAGCAGCGCAGCUCCCUCCAGAUCCCAGAGCACACCCCCCUGGGCAGCCGCUUCCCCCUAGAGCCAGCCUUUGACGCCGACAGUGGCUUGCUCAACACCCAGGGGUAUGCCAUCAAAGGGGGAAACGUGGGGCAGGCUUUCCGCCUGGAGAUGCGCCGUGGGCCCAAUGGGGUCCUCCAGCCGGAGCUGGUGGUGAGCAGCAUGUUGGACCGGGAGACGCGGUCCAGCUACACCCUCUUUCUGGAGGCCUAUGACGGCGGAUCUCCCCCCCGGAGCUCCCAGAUGACCUUGGAUGUGUCUGUCCAGGAUGUCAAUGACAACGCGCCAGCCUUCAACCAGAGUCGCUACCACACCCUCAUCCCAGAGAACCUCCAGCCUGGCAGCAGCAUCAUGCGGGUCUUUGCCCUGGACGCUGACGAAGGGGACAAUGGCGCCGUGGUGUACGAGAUCAACCGCCGGCAGAGCGACCCAGAGCAGUACUUCACAAUCGAUGCCACCACAGGAGUCAUCAAGCUCAACAAGGGCUUGGACUAUGAGUUGCGGAAGGUGCAUGAGCUGGUGGUGCAGGCGCGAGACCGGGCGGUGCACCCCGAAGUCUCCACAGCCUUUGUCACCAUCCAGGUGCGAGACUACAACGACAACCAGCCCACGAUGACCAUCAUCUUCCUCAGUGAGGAUGGCUCUCCUCGCAUCUCAGAAGGUGCCCAGCCCGGGCAGUUUGUGGCCCGCAUCUCCGUCUCAGACCCCGACUACGGAGAGUACGCCAAUGUCAACGUCUCCCUGGAGGGUGGCGAGGGCAAGUUUGCCCUCACCACCAAAGACAACAUCAUCUACUUGAUCUGCGUGGACCAAAUGCUGGACAGGGAGGAACGAGACUCCUACGAGUUGCGGGUGACAGCCACGGAUGCAGGAACGCCCCCGCUGCGGGCUGAGUCAGCAUUUGUGCUCCAGGUGACAGACGUCAACGACAACCCGCCCCUAUUUGACACCCAAGAGUAUGAGCAGAGCGUCCCCGAGGUGGUUUACCCAGGCAGCUUCGUGCUGCAGGUGACGGCUCGCGACAAAGACCAGGGCCCCAACGGGGAGGUUCGCUACAGCAUCCUGCACACCCACCACACCCAUUCCCACUGGUUUGCCAUCGAUCCUGCCACAGGCAUCGUCACGACGGCCUCUUCUCUGGAUUAUGAGGUUGAUGCUCAGCCCCAGCUGACUGUGGUGGCCACGGAUAGGGGCAAGCCUCCCCUCUCUUCGACCGCUGUGGUUCACGUGACCUUGCAGGAUGUCAACGACAAUGAGCCCCUCUUUGAAAGCAACUUCUACAAUGUCUCCCUGAAGGAGAACGUCCCUCCUGGCACCUGCUUCCUCCAGGUCACAGCCACGGAUGCCGACAGUGGCUCUCUGGGCUCCCUCUCCUACUCCCUGGGCACCGGCCUCACCAGCUCAGCCCCCUCUGCCUUUCGCCUCGGGGAAGAGACCGGCCAGCUCUGCACCACGCAAGACCUGGACCGCGACGAGGGCACCUCCGCCUAUGACUUCACCGUCACGGCGGUGGAUGGGGGUGGGCUGAGCUCCAUGGCCUACGUCAAGGUUUUCCUGGAGGACGUCAAUGACAACGCCCCCACCUUCUACCCUCUGGAGUAUGCCACCAGCAUCAGCACCCAAAGCCACCCUGGCUCAGCAGUGCUGCGUGUCACGGCCCACGACAAGGACGAGGGGCCCCAUGGGCGGGUGACCUACCACAUUGCCGCAGGCAACACGCCCUCCCUCUUUGCCAUCAACCCAGACACGGGUGCCAUCUCCUUGCUGAGGAGUCUGGUGGGCAAAGCCAACACGCUGGUGCAGCUGGAGGUGGCGGCCCGGGACGGAGGGGGUCUGGCAGCCCAGCCCAGAGCUCAGGUCAACAUCAGCAUUGUGGCCGGCACCAUCUCCCCGCCCAGCUUUGAGCGCACCCAGUACUACUUCACGGUCCCAGAAGACACCCGGCCGGGCAGCAGCGUUGGGGUCGUCUAUGCCCACAACCCCGCAGGCCACUUGGACAGUGUGUUCUACUCCAUCUCCUCGGGGGACCCCCACGGGUACUUCUCGGUGGACCCAGAAUCAGGGGAGCUGCACACCAGCCUGCCCCUGGACCACGAGGCCCAGCCUCACCUCCUCCUCGAGGUCCAAGCCCGCAGCGGCUCCCCUCCCGCCUACAGCAGCGCUCGGGUGCAGAUCAGCAUCACAGACGUGAACGACAAUGCGCCCGCCUUCCCGGCCCCCUCUGACUCAGUGCUGCUACCUGAGGGGGCUGCCCUGGGCACGGUGGUCUACACAGUGCAGGCGGAAGACGGUGACAGCGGAGCGAACGGGCAGGUGCGCUUUGAACUGGCCUCAGGAGGGGCCAGCGCCUUCACCGUGGAGCACUUCUCCGGGAAGGUGCGCCUCGCGGGGGCCCUGCAGCGGGAGACCAGCGCCCCCUACAGACUGGUCAUCCUGGCGCAGGACGGCGGGGUCCCCCGGCUCAGUGCCACCUUCACCCUCUUGGUUCACCUGCAGGCGGCCGAUGAGCACGGCCCCAUCUUUGACACACUCACCUACCGCGUGGAGGUGCGCGAGGGCGUGCCUGUGAGCACCCGCUUCCUGCAGGUUCGAGCCCUGGCCCAGGAGCCCAGCGCCCCCUUGGCCUACCACCUGCGGGCCGAGGGGGAUGCGUCCAGCUUUGGCAUCGCUCCAGACACUGGCUGGCUGUACGUGCGCAGCUCCCUCGACCGGGAGGUGCAGGAGCUGUACGUGCUGACGGUGCUGGCGGUGGCCGGGGAGGGCGAGGGUCGCCAAACGGGCACCAGCACCGUGCGCAUCACUGUCACAGAUGAGAAUGACAACAGCCCCCGCCUGAGCGAGGAGCGCUACUUCUUCACUGUGGCUGAGAACAGGCCGGCCGGCAGCAGCGUGGGCCGGGUGACGGCCAGCGACCGGGACGCGGGACAGAACAGCCGCCUGGCCUACCGCCUGGUGCCGCCCGAGGGGAACUUCCUGGUCCACACCCAGACUGGGGAGCUGAGCCUUCGGAGGAGCUUGGACCGGGAGCAGCAGGCCAGCUACCAGCUCCAGGUCGUGGUUCAGGACGGGGGGACGCCACCCCGCAGCACCACGGGCACCGUCUACGUCACUGUCCUGGAUGAGAACGACAAUGCGCCCACCUUCCUGCACGUGGCCGAGGGCCGUGAACUCCUCCUCCAGGUUCUGGAGGAGAAGCCGGCUGGGCUGCUGGUGGCUUCGCUGAGGGCCAAAGACCCGGACGAGGCAGAGAACGGCACUGUCUUCUACUCGCUGUCAGGCGCCUGGGCAGAGCGCUUCUCCCUGCACGUGGCCACCGGGGAACUGCGGACAGCCACGCGGCUGCGCCAAGCAGACCGGGGCGAGUACGCUUUCACGGUGACAGCAAGCGACCGAGGUGCUGCCCCCCAGAGCACAACAGCAGCCGUGCGCAUCCAAGUGGUGUCCACAGCCCGCCUGCUGCCCCGUCCCGACACUACGGUGCUGACCUUUCACCCCACGGAGGGCCUGCAGCCGGGCUCUCUCAUUGGCUGUGUGGCCCCCCCAGAGCCGCCUGCACCCGGGCAAGUGACCUACAUGCUGGUGGGGGGCAGCAGCGGGGACGGCCUCUUUGUGGUGGACCCAGGCACGGGGGACAUCUACGUGGCCCAGGAGCUGGACUACGAAGCCGGGAUGAAGCACAGCCUGCAAGUCAGCAUGGAAGACGUCCUUCAGGGCUACCCCAGCCAGCGCCUGGUCUUGGUGGAGAUCCACGUGCAGGACAGCAAUGACCACGUUCCCACGUGGCCCCAGGACCCCCUCACUGUGGUGGUGUCUGAGGGGGCCACCCCUGGCACGUCCCUCUUCACCUUCCAGGCGCUGGACGGGGACGGCCCGGGGCCCAACAGCCAACUGCGCUACAGCCUCUUGCGCCAGGAGGCCCCCUCGGCCCCCUUCCAGCUGGAUGCGCGGAGCGGGGAGCUGAGCCUGCAGGGGGCGCUGGACCGCGAGACUCAGUCGGCCUACCUGCUGGUGGUCCAGGCCACGGACCAGGCGCUCAACGCCAGCCAGCGCCACUCGGCGGCCGUCACUGCCCACAUCUUUGUCACGGACGAGAACGACAACGGGCCCGCGUUCUGCUCCCCCUCGAGAAUUGACAUCCCUGAGGACCAGCCCACGGGCUUCCUGGUGCUCCAGGUGGUGGCCAGGGAUCGGGACCUGGGUGAGAACGGGAGGGUCAGCUAUGCGCUGCGCGCAGGGAACCUGGACGGGCGAUUCCACCUCAACCCCAACACAGGCGCGCUAUCCAUCGUGAGGACGCUGGACCGGGAGGAAGUGUCCCAGCAUAACUUGACAGUGGUAGCCACGGACCACGGGUUGCCACGGCACUCUGCCACGCAGCUCCUGCUUGUGCAUGUGCUGGAUGUGAACGACCAGGCGCCUGCCUUUGAGAGAAACAGCUACGAAGCCAGUGUGGCAGAAAACCUGCCCCCUGGUGUCCCCGUGCUGCAGCUGCACGCCACCGACCCCGACCUGGGAUCCAAUGGGCAGGUGUCCUACGGCGGCAUCUCUGGGGACGAAUUCUCCAUCGACCCCCACACGGGUCUGAUCAGCACCCGGCGCUCCCUAGACCAUGAGGAGCAUGCAGAGCACUUGCUGACAGUGUACGCGCGGGACAAGGGGCAGCCCCCUCGCCAGGCCAAGGCCACGGUUCGCAUCCUGGUGGCAGAUGACAACGACCACGCGCCCACCUUCCAGGCGGAGGCCUCUUCCCUGGAGGUCCCAGAGAACCAGAGCCAGGUGGAGCUGACCACCGUGCGGGCCACGGAUCACGAUGCAGGGGAGAACGGGCGCCUCACCUACCGCCUGGCAGCUGGAGACUCUGAGGAAGACUUUGCCUUGAACCCCGUCUCCGGCCAGCUGUCCACAGCACGAGGCCUGGACCGGGAGCGUGUGGCCAGCUACGCCCUGACCGUCCAGGCCUGUGACCACGGCUCCCCCCCACGCUGCGCCAGCCUGGCGCUCCACGUGCAAGUGCUGGAUCUGAACGACAACGCCCCUCGCUUUGCCCAGGAAAGCUACGUGGCCGAGGUGCCAGAGGACUUGCCCGUGGGGGCGCUGGUGCUGCAGCUGGAGGCCCAGGACCCGGACGAGGGGCCCAAUGGACGCGUCUCCUACUUCCUGGCCAACGAGUCGCUGGGCACCUUCCAGGUGGAGCCUCAGACAGGCCGCCUCACCACCACGCAGCCGCUGGACCGGGAGCAGCGAGACUCCUACCGCUUUGUGGCCGUGGCCGUGGACUCGUCCCCACUGAGCCCCCGCAGUGCUUCCGUGCAGGUCACGGUCAGCGUCCAGGACGUCAACGACCACAUCCCCGCCUUUCCACUCAGCCCACUUUCUGUCACGCUGCCCCGCAACACGCCCGCCAAGCGGGUGGUGGCCACGCUGCGGGCUGAGGACCACGACGCGGGCGCCAACGCCUCCCUCCUCUACCGCCUGGCCGCCCCCAGCCCCGCCUUUGCCAUCAACACCUACACAGGCGCCAUCCAGCUGCUGCAGCCCCUGGGCACCCUCACCCAGCGCCAGCGCACCGUCUUCGUCCUGGCCAGCGACCUGGGGGAGCCCCCGCUCUCCUCCAUCGGAGUGGUGGUCAUCCACCUGCAAGACGAGGGCUUCCGGGGGGUCCGCUUCCCCCGCAGCACCAGCGACGUGACGCUGCCAGAGAACGCCGCGACAGGCACCACCGUGCUGAGCACCCCAGCCGCCCACACAGCCGGCUCCUCAGGCCGCAUCACCUACAGCAUCGUCAGUGGCAAUGAGAAGGGUGCUUUCCGCAUCCAGCCCAGCUCAGGCCUGGUGUCGGUGCAGAAUCCCCGCAGCCUGGACUUUGAGCUGAGCCCCCGCUUGCGCCUGGUGCUGCAGGCAGAGUCAGCCUCCUCCUUCGGCUUCAUGGCUGUGAACGUCAACCUGCAGGACGUCAACGACAACCGGCCGCGCUUCCGGCUGCCCAACUACGUGGCCUUCAUCUGGGAGGCCCAGGGCUACGACUCCCCUGUCAUCCAGGUUGUGGCAGAUGACUUGGACCAGGGUCCCAACGGGCAGGUGACGUACACCAUCAACCAGACACUGCCCAUGAACGGGCUCUAUCGCAUCAACAGCCAGACAGGCACCAUCACGACAGCGGCCAUUCUGGACAGGGAGAUUUGGGCCCAGACCCGCCUGGUGCUGACCGCAACAGACCGAGGGAACCCUCCUCUGGUGGGCUCUGCCACCCUCACAGUGCUGGUGAUGGAUGUGAACGACAACAGCCCCACCAUCCCUGCCCCCUGGGAGGUGCGGGUGCCUGAGAACGCCCUCCUGGGCACCGAGAUCACCAUGGUGACGGGCAACGACGUGGACUGCGGGCCGCAGCUCUCCUACAUGCUGGUGUUGGACAGUGGCACUGCUGGCACCUUUAGCAUCCUGCGCUACGGGGGCCGCAUCACUCUGCUGGGGCCGCUGGACUAUGAGCAGCGCAGCCGCUAUGCACUGACGGUGCGCGCCUCGGACUCUCAGCACGAGACGGAGGCCAACGUCACGGUGCUGGUGGAAGACGUCAACGACAACCCUCCCGUCUUCUCCCAGGCCCUGUAUCAGGUUGUAGUGCCAGAACACACCCGAGCCGGCAGCCCCAUCCUGACCCUCAGCGCCACAGACCUGGACUCGGGCGCCAACGGGGAGGUCACCUACCAGCUGGCCAGGCCAAGCCACUUAGUCUCCAUCCACCGGACCAACGGGACCUUGUUCACCACGCAGCUCCUGGUGCUGGAUCCGGGGCGCUCCACACUGGACAUCCUAGUGGAGGCCCGCGACCGGGGCACGCCCAGCCUUUCGGCCUGGACCACGGUGCAGAUCCAAGUGCUGGACGUGAACGACCACGGGCCUCAGUUCCUGAAGCCGCACUACAACGCCUGCGUGUCGGAGGACCUGCACCCGGGCACCACCCUGCUGACCCUGGAAGCCACAGAUGCCGACGUGACGCGGGAGAACGCGGCCCUCGACUACACCAUUGUCAGCGGGAACAGCGGCCACGCCUUCCAGCUGGAGGGCCGUUCCGGGGGCGCCAGUGCCCUGGUGCUGGUGGAGCCCCUUGACUUUGAGGCCGUGGCCAUCUACAACCUGACGGUGGCCGUGUCGGACCGGGGAGUGCCUCAGCACAGCGCCGUGGUGCCCGUGCUGCUCACUGUGCUGGACGUCAACGACAACCCCCCGGAGUUUGGACGCUCUGCCUACCACGUGGCCGUGAGCGAGGGCACCGUGCCCGGGGUAGAGCUGCUGCGCAUGGCAGCCCAGGACCCUGACUCGGGGGCCCACGGCCAGGUCCGCUACAGCAUCAGCUCUGGGGACCCCGGCGGCCUCUUCCAGCUGCACCCGUCCACAGGGGCACUGCGCCUGGCAAAGGCGCUGGACUGCGAGGCCCAGGCCCUGCACACCCUGGUGGUGCGGGCCUCGGACGGAGCAGGCGGCCACUUUGCCCUAGCGUCCAUCACCGUGGAGGUGAAGGACGUCAAUGACAACCUCCCCUACUUCCCCCUGGAGGUGCUGAGCUGCAGCCUGCGGGAGAACCUGCCGCCAGGGAGCCUGGUCACCACGGUGCGGGCCGUGGACCUGGACGUGGGAGCCUUCGGGCAGCUGCACUAUGCCCUCCUGCCAUCCGAGGGCGGGGAGGCCUUCGCCAUCAACAGCAGCUCCGGGGAGCUGCACGCGCUGCAGCCCUUUGACUUUGAGCGCACAAAGGCCGUCCAGCUGCGGGUGCAGGCCACGGAUGUUGGCAACACAUCGGCCACAGCCACCGUACGUGUUCUGGUGACCGGGGAGGACGAGUAUGACCCCGUGUUCCUCAGCCCAGCCUUCAGCUUCGAGGUCCCCGAGGGUGCCCAGCGGGGGCAGAGCAUUGGGUCCGUGGUGGCCACGGACGAGGACGAGGGCCCUGACGGUGUGGUGCUCUACACGCUGCUCAAGCCGUCUCCCUUCUUCGGAAUCAACCAAACCAGUGGCGCCAUCUACCUGCGCGUGGACAGCCAGGCGCCCUCGGGGGGGCCUCCCAAGCAAGAGCCCCGGGAAAUGGUGCUGGAGGUGCAGGCCCACAGCCCCUUGCCUGCCUCGCGCUCGGCCUCCGCCCAGGUCACCGUGGACGUGACACACACCUCCUUCGGCCUGGUGCCUGACCUCAACCUGCUGCUGGUGGUUGCUGUAGCCGCCUCUCUGGGCGUGGUGGUGGUGCUGGCCACCGUGGCCAUUGUGCUGGCCCUGGUCCGCUCGCGGCAGAGCCGGGGCCCCAAGGAGGUGGAUCUGGCCCAUGUGCAGAGUGGCUCCUUGCAGAAGCUGGGCCACAGCGAGCCGACUCUGCCCGGCGGAGACUGCCUCUACCACGAGGCGCUGCCCGGCUAUGGCACGGAACCGGCCGGCCCCUACACCCGGGGUGGGUCUCUGGACCCUUCCCACUCCAGCGGGCGAGGUUCCGCCGAGGCGGCCGAGGACGACGAAAUCCGCAUGAUCAACGAGUGUCCCCGCAUGUCCAGCGUCACCUCCUCCCUGCAGGAGCACCUGGUGGCUCGCGGACCCGACUCUGGCAUCCAGACGGACGCGGACCGCCUCUCGGACGUCUCCUGCGAGCCCGCCACCCUGGAUGCGGCUCACUGGUUCAAGAACCGGAAGGGGCCUGGUGGCCUGCUGCUUCCCGGCCAGCCCCCCCAGCUCUACCGGGAUGACGGGGGCAGCAGCGGCCCCUACCUGGGGGCAGGCUGUGGGCUCAGCGUCUCCUCCGCCCCCAAAGACUACUCUUUUCCGGAGGACGGGAAGCCGUGCGUGGACGGCUCCCUGACGGCCAUUGUGGCCAGCGAUGAGGAGCUUCGUGGCAGCUACAACUGGGACUACCUCCUCAACUGGUGCCCCCAGUUCCAGCCCCUGGCCAGCGUCUUCACAGAAAUUGCCCGCCUGAAGGACGAGAGUUCCCUGCGCAAGCCCUUCCCCACCAAGCCCAAGCCCCGCAUCGACCCGCCUCCACUCAUCACCUCCGUGGCGCACCCGGGCGCCAAGUCCGUGCCCCCCAAGCCGGCCGUGGGGCGGGCCUUCCCCCACCUGGCCACCGCCUCCUCCUCCUCUCUGCGACGCUCCCCCAUCAGCCACGAGGGCUCCCUCUCCUCGGCCGCCAUGUCCCCCAGCUUCUCCCCCUCGCUCUCCCCACUGGCUGCGCGCUCCCCCAUGGUCUCUCCCUUCGGGGUCUCCCAGGGGCCCUCGGCGUCCGCCAUCAGCACCGAGCAUUCCCUGGAGGCCUCUGAGGAGGCCGAGCUCCGCAUCUAGCUUGGGACUCUGCAAAGGGUGUUGACUGAGCACAAGCCCCCCCUUCCCGCUCCUGGAGCCGAGACUGUGGGACUUUGCCAGGCUGGCUCCUG